AUGAUAACUGCUAUAGAGGCUGUGUACAGACUAUAUGCAUUUAAGUUGUAUACUAUGUCUCCACCAGUACUGCAGAUGCAGGUGCACCUUGAGAGUAUGCACAUGGUUGCAUAUAAGUCUACUAACAACCUGAAUAAUGUUGUGCAGUCUGAAAAAUCACAGAGGUCCAUGCUUAUAGAGUAUUUCUUGUUGAACAGAACAAACCCUGCAGCUUACAAGUAUCUGUAUAGGGAGUUUCCUGAGCAGUUCACUUGGAACAAGUCAAAAAAGGUUUGGAAGCCUAGAAAAGCUAAAAGGAUUCAGAUUGGCAGGUUGGUUUAUGCAAAUCCAGCUGAAGAUGAGAGGUACUAUCUUCGGAUCAUGUUGAACCAUGUUAGGGGUGCAACCUCAUACGAGAAUCUAAGAACAUGGCAUGGUGUCACGUAUGAGACAUUUAGGCAGGCAUGUGAGGUUAUGGGACUUGUUGAAUCAGACAAGUCACUUGAUGACUGCCUUACGGAGUCGGCUACUAUCCCGCGUCUUUGGGAUAAUCAUCUUGAUUUAAUGUCUGAGGAUUUUCGCUGUACAUGUGACAAUAGCUCGAGAAUUGAACAGAUGGUGCUUAGAGAUAUAUCUUAUCAUUUGACAGCUAUGGGCAAAGAUAUUAGGCACUACGGUCUUCCAGAACUACAUGAGACUGAGGAAGAGCGAUCGAGGGAUCAUUAUAGAGAGCUUACGGAGGAACUGAACCUUGGAUUUGAUGAGGAUCAUCUAAAAAUUGUUGAUAUGCUUAAUGCAGAACAAAUGGCUGGUUAUGACGAAAUACUUGAUCACGUGUUGAAGAACAAAGGAUAG